AUGAAUGAUCUGUCUAGCUGGAGGAUAUUAAUAAAAAUCCAUUUUCUUUUGCAGUUUCUAUUGUGUACACUCCUUGUAUGCAUUGUUGUCUUGUUGCGAUUAAGUUGGGGCGGUGGAAGUUUGGAUACCCAGAACUCUACCACUUCAAGUCCUGAGAUAGUUUUCCACAAGGCCUCUUCUUCCUCAACUGAAUGGUUUAAAGAUGCCAUCAAGCACAGAUCAAAGGACAAUGAUUUGAAUACCAUCACUGAUCAAGAUCUCCUUAAAUCAAAAGCCAGAUUCAAAAAGCUUUUGGCUAUUCUGGGAAGACAACCAACAAAGGAUUACUAUUCCAAAGAUUCACCAACCGUAUUUGAAGCCACCGAUGAGCCAGCCAAUGUCGAAUAUACAACAAUCUAUUGUAACGAAAAUUCUGAAGAGGAUUGCAACCCAGACUCCAUUGGAACAAGACUAAGUGCUACUUUAUUGAAGAUUCUCGCUUAAGUUGACUGAUUUAUAAACAUUAAUCCGAACCAAACUAGAAAGAAAUGAAUUUAAUUCUAAUAAUUUAUUAAAGGCAUAGUAACACCA